UUUCUCUUUAUAUUCAUGGCAUAAUUGAAUAGGAUUCAGAACAGUACGCGAAUUGGGGGCGUAGGCAGAAUUUGAUUCGUCUUGAAGAGUUCUCUAUCAAUCAGAAAAUCCGUCACCAUCUCUCUCGUUAAGUCAAAUAUAACAUAAUCGUCGCCCACUUCUCCACUUCCAGUGCAUUUCCAGCAGCGGAUGACACAAGACUACAACGGCAGCAAGCCAGGACCAGACUUCGAGUCGCAACGCCCGCAACUGUACAAAUUGCCUACAGUGGAUUAUCAUAUCCCCCGCUUCCCUAAUCCUGAAGACUCGGCGUCGGUAACAGAAUGCCCUGCACACCCCGCUCUUGGAGAUACCUCCCCGCCAUACUCAUGGGAAAAUGAAAAGAAGGAUGCGCCUGUGUUAGAGGCACAGUCUACAAUCGGUCAAGAUGAAGUAACGUACCCAGAGGGCGGUCUAGCCGGAUGGCUUGUCUGCUUCGGAAGCUUCAGUGCUAUGCUUGCCUGCUUUGGCCUGAUGAACACCAUCGGAACCUUCCAAGCCUACCUCAGCGAGAAUCAGCUCAAAGAACUCGAUGAAAGCACCAUCGGCUGGAUCUUCAGCGUAUAUGUCUUCCUUUCCUUCUUCUGCGGCAUCCAAAUAGGACCAAUCUUCGACGCCAAAGGGCCCAAAGCUCUCAUCGCCAGCGGCGGCAUCAUGCUGUGCGCCUCGAUGCUUCUCCUUGGCCUAUGCACGCAGUACUACCAAUUCAUGCUAUGCUUCGGCGUCCUGGGCGGCAUCGGGACCUCCCUCCUCUUCACCCCCGCCGUGUCCGCCAUAGGCCACUUCUUCCUGCUCAAACGCGGCUCCGCCACGGGCAUUGCUGCCGCGGGCGGUUCUGUUGGCGGCGUUAUCUUCCCCCUAAUGCUGCAACGCCUCUUCCCGCGCGUCGGCUUCGCCUGGUCGACGCGCAUCAUGGGCUUUAUCUUCAUCCUGCUCUGCACGACGGCCCAGCUCCUCAUCCGCUCGCGGCUACCCCCGAAGCCUGGGCAGAGCGUUAGCAUGGACCUGCGCAUCUUCCGCGACCGCAGUUUCGCCUUCGCCACGGCCGGCGUUUUCUUCAUGGAAUGGGGCCUCUUCGUGCCCAUCACCUACCUGACCACCUUCGCGUUAGCCUCGGGCGCCUUCGACCCGACCUUCGCCUACCAGCUCAUCGCCAUCUUCAACGCCGGCAGCUCCCUCGGCCGCGCUGUCCCGGGGUACCUCGCGGAUAAGCUCGGCCGGUUUAACAGCAUGGUCGCCAUGCUCGCCUUCUGCGCGGCGACCACGCUGACGCUGUGGCUGCCGGCCGCCAUCCUAGAGCCCGCCACGCCGGCCGCGCGCGCGACCAUCAAGGCACUGGCGGUCGCGUACGCGCUGCUGUUUGGGUUCGCGAGCGGGUCGAACAUCAGCCUGACGCCCGUGUGCGUCGGGCAGCUGUGCGAUACGAGCGAGUACGGGCGGUACUAUGCAACGUGCUACACGGUGGUGAGCUUCGGCACGCUGACGGGGAUUCCGAUCGCGGGCGCGAUUUUGCAGGCGACGGCGGGCAGGUAUUGGGGCGUCGUGGUGUGGACGGGGCUGUGCUAUACGGCGAGCUUGGGGAUGUUUGUUUGGGCCAGGGGGGGCAAGGUAGGGUGGAAGUUGGGGGUGAAGUAUUAGAGCUCUUCUAUCAUCGAGAGGCUGGGGUGAAAGCCAACCUAAGGAGAAGGAUGACGGAGGUUGGUGGGAGACGAGGCUUUAUGACGGGUGUUUAUGAAGGAGAUGAGGAAAUGGUUCCAGGGGAAGACGAGGCGUGUUCAUGAGGAGUAUGGGAACUUGGUUUCAGGGGGAGGUAUGGUAUCAUAUUUGGUGCCGUGACUACGAGAACUACUAUUCAAAUUGCCAAGAUACCAAAUUUACCAAAAAAAAAAAGCAGUGCUUGGCGUGAUGAAGGUUGAAAAGUGUUGA